UGGUCUCCAUGGUAACCGGUAGCCGCUAGCACACAGUAGCAGCUUCUGUCUUUAGCCUGAUGAUGUUGUAGAUGAUAUCAGCACAUCACUCCAGAGCAUAUCAACUCCUCUGUAACUACAGACUUAGACCCGUCAUUUAGACAGAUGAGUGUUUGAGUGCUUGGUGUUUGUAUUUCAUUACUCGAUGGUGGAGCUAGUGCGCUUCCAAUGGAGCUGAGAGAAUUAAACACAGCAGACUAUAACAGCGGCCACUACGGUUCCCUAAGGGCACGCAAAGCUCCCUUCGGUGAAGCGAACAAGGGUGCCGUGCAGAUUGACUGGAGCUCACGUCCUGACAAAAACGACGGUGAGGAUGAAAAUUCAGAGAAAACGCAAAAUCUCAGAGAGCUGCCACUUCACAUGGGACUGAAGAAAGCUAUACGGCAGGUGCAGCAGAUGCGAGUCCCUGUUGUGUCUAGUUGGGGUUCCUGGCAUUUCCGUCACUCCAAGUCCUUUCGGCGUUUCCGUGAGGACGUAUCGAGCGUUUUAUCUUUCGUCGAGCUCUGGAGGAAGUCCGUGCACCAGAUCGGAGGACAUUUUGGAGGAGGAGUCCAGUCCUAUUUCCUGUUCUUGAGAUUCCUUGUUAUUCUGAACUUCCUGUCCUUCCUGUUGAUGGCCGGUUUCGUGAUCAUACCCAGCAUUGUUUUCCACUCAGUCAACUCCAGCGGUCAAUUACUCGUUCCGUCCAUCAACCUUUCACGUGUGGAGGUGUGUCUGCAUUACGAUGUUCAGCCUCAACCUCUCACCAUUUACUACACCUACUUCCUGGAUUUGCUCUCAGGAACGGGCUUCAUGGAGUACUCGUACCUGUUCUACGGAUUUUAUAAUAACACCGAGGUCAUCAGCAAUGGGUUUUCAUACAACAUUCCACUGGCUUACCUGCUCACCGCUGCCUUCUACUUCCUGUUUUGCCUUUUAUGCAUCGUGGUUCGGAUGGGUGGAAUGACGCGGCUUGUCAUGGCGAUGGACGGAGGACGCUUAGAAGGGUACAGUGUGCUUGUUUUUACAGGGUGGGAUCACGGCCUCCAGGACCAGCGAGCUGCCACAGUAAAACACAACAACCUGCGCUAUCGCCUACAGGUGGAUCUGGAGGAGGAGAGGAUUAAGAGGAAGGCUGACUCUCUCACUCUCUCUCAAGCGUUCUUUCUUUAUUCCCUCCGAUUUUUCCUAAACCUCAUUGUUCUGGCAAUGAUAGUGGGCUCUUUCUUUGCCAUCAGUUUUGCAACCCAGUACAGUCAGUCUCAACAACAGGAAGGCAUUGUGGGAUUGCUGCUGGAGUAUCUGCCCUCCAUCGUUAUAUCAGCCAGUAAUUUUGUCGUUCCUUUUCUGUGUGACCAGAUCGCUAACCUGGAGAAAUACUCGCCUAGUGUCACUGUGAUCCUUGCCUUACUACGGGCUGUGUUCCUGCGUUUUGUGAGUUUAGCUGUACUCUUGUAUACUCUGUGGAAACAGAUCACAUGUGGGGGAAAUACAGGAACCUGUUCACCCUGCGGCUACAGCUACAAACAGUAUCAGUGCUGGGAGACACGUGUUGGGCAGGAAAUGUACAAACUGACUCUGUUUGACUUUCUUAUUACAAUUGCGGUGAUGAUACUGGUGGAGUUUCCUCGCAGGCUGGUAGUGGAUCACUGCUCAUGUAAGCUGGCUCAGUGGGUGGGUCGUCAGGAGUUUGUUGUCGCAUCGAAUGUGUUAGCACUUGUUUACAGUCAGACUAUAGUGUGGAGUGGCGCUCUGUUCUGUCCUAUACUGCCGCUCAUCAACACCAUCAAGUUCAUCAUCAUAUUCUACUGCAAAAAGGUCACUCUAUUCCAGAACUGUCGUCCGGCGGUGAAGACGUUUCGCUCCACAAGCUCCAACUUCUUCUUCUUCCUGGUUCUUCUGUUCGGUUGGGUGCUCUCCAGUGUGGUGCUAAUUUACAGCGUAGCUAAUAUUCAUCCGUCCUAUGGCUGCGGUCCAUUCCGUUUUUCCUCCUCCAUGUGGGCUGUUGUUCCUAGUUCUUUCCAUUCACUGACCAACACAACGCAGGAGUUUCUGCUGUAUAUCGGCUCACAGGCUUUCUCCAUCCCACUCUUCAUCCUAUCAUGUGUGGUGAUGUCUUAUGUGGCUGUGUUGGCGUCGGUUUACGGGAAGACUGUUAAUCUGCUGAAGAAACAACACAAACUGGAAGGACGAGAUAAACAGUUCCUGGUCAAACAGAUCAAGGAGCUGAGUGCAAAGGUUUCCAGAAACGAAAAAGAACCACAACUAAGCGAUGGCAGAGGAACCAGAGAUGACAUAGGCCCAAGAAGUGCGGUGCCAGGAUGGGGAGGAAACUACAAUUCUGCAUUUGAGCGAGAUGAAGGACCAGCGAUGCCAGCUAGAGACUUUAGGAAUAGUGGCUUUUAUGAGAGAGACAUGUGACAUUCCUAUCAUAUCAUCAAAAUGGAGUCAUAAACAACGCUGUUAUAAUUUUCCCCCAUACUUCAUAUUGGCAAAAUUUACAUAAAUGUUUUCUUUGCUUCAUGUCUCACAGCCAAAAUCUACUAUGCAUGUAGUGUUUGUAUGUGAAGUAGGAUGCUCUACAGAUGUACAUGGAAAUAUUUUUAUGACUGUGACUACUGUUUUUCCUGUACAGCUACUCUAUGAGAGGGCUUGCUAUACCAUAUGCUGUAAUAUGAUGUAAAAAUCGGUAUAUAUAAAGUGUCCAUUUUGUGUCAA